AUGCCGCCCACCGCCACAGCGACCAUGACCGCCGUGCUAACUGGCCCAACCCUAGCACUCCCGACUCACGCGACCGUACCCGUACCCCAACGUGCGCCCCCCAGUGCCACCCGCGCCAAGUGGGUGGACGACCUCGAGCGGGACGGCUUCGUCGUCAUCCCCGGCGUGGCCAGCGAGGCCGUCGCCCUCGAGUUCCAGGAGGAGGCGCUGCGCUGGCUCGAGAAGUUUCCGUACGGGUUCAAGCGGGACGACCGCACGACGUGGGAUGACGCGCAUAUGCCCUACAGCCAGAAAGGCGGCAUGUAUAACCGCUACAGCGUCAACCACGAGGCGUUUGUAUGGAAGAUCCGCACGCAGCCUGGCGUGAUCGACGCGUUCGCGCAGAUCUACGGCACCGACGACCUCAUCGUGUCGUUUGACGGCAUGAACGCGAGCCUGCCGAUUAACAAGGAGCACGGGCGGGUGGAUAUCGAGCCUGUGCCUGCGUGGCCUCACAUCGACCAGAACCCGCGCCGCAUCGACCGCUUCGAGCUGUACCAGGGCAUCGCCAACCUGUCCCCCAACGGUCCCGACGACGGCGGCCUGGUCGUCAUGCGCGGCAGCCACCUCCUGCACGAGCGCCACUUUGCCGAGCGCGGCGGGUUCCGCCCCGAGGGUGACUUCGGGCCCACGGAGAACUCGUACCGCUUCGACCCGGACGAGUGGGAGUGGUUCAAGAAGGCUGGGUGCGAGACGGUCAAGGUGUGUGCGGGGGUGGGCGACUUGAUCAUCUGGGACUCGCGCACCGUCCACUGGAACGCCUCGCCGACGGGCUCUCAAAUCCGCUUCUGCUCGUACGUGUGCUUUGUCCCGCGCGCAAUCGCGACCCCGGCGCAGCUGGCGCAAAAGUGGAAGGUGUUCGAGGCGCGCAAGGGCACCAGCGCGUUCCCGCACCUCAACUCGUGCCCCGUCGACCGCGACCGCACCAAGUUCCCCGACGCGCUCCCCCUCCGUCCUGACGGGUCGCUCGACCCGUGCCAUACGGGCCGGCCGUUCGUCGAGCCAGAGUACACGCCUGCGCUGCUGCGUCUUGUCGGGCGGGCUUAG